AUGGAAUGCAAAGCUUGUACUACACAAAGUGGCCUAAAGCAGAUGUUAGCUGUUGAAACAGCGGAGCCCAAGGCCCUACCAUUAUCACUCUUGGAGGACAUCACAGAUAAUUUCUCUGGUGAUCGAGAGAUUGGAAGAGGUGGGUUUGCAGUGGUUUAUAAGGGAGUCAUUGGUGGAAGGGCGGUCGCCGCGAAGAGGUUGUCCAACGCUCUUAUGGAUGAUAAGGAAUUUCACCGAGAGGUUGAAUGCCUGUUGCGAGUAAAACACAAAAAUGUAGUUAGAUUUCUGGGAUAUUGUGCGAACCGACAAGGAAAUAUGGCAACAUACAAUGGUAAACUUGUCAUGGCAGAUAUCCACCAGAGAUUGCUUUGCUUCGAGUAUAUACCAAAAGGGAGUCUUGAUAAGUAUAUCAUUGAUGCAUACCGUGAGUGGAGAACGUGCUAUAAAAUAAUUAAAGGGAUUUGUGAGGGCUUGCAGUUCCUUCAUGACAAUCAUAUCGUUCACUUGGAUUUGAAACCUGCCAAUAUACUGCUCGAGGAUAGCAUGGUACCGAAAAUUACUGAUUUUGGCCUUUCCAGAUGCUUUGAUGAAAAUCAAAGUCGGGAUAUUACCAAAACUAUAUUAGGAACAAUGGGAUAUUUGGCGCCCGAAUUUCGUGAAGGGGGUGUAAUUGCACCGAGUGCUGACUUGUAUAGUCUUGGUGUUAUUAUCAUAGAAAUACUGACCAGGCAGAAGGGGUAUCAAGCGACUGGGAAUGUGCUUGAAAGUUGGAGUGAUAGAUUGGAGAGAUCACAACGAGACACACUAUCUGACCAAAUACGAGUAUGCUACGAGAUAGCUUUAGAGUGCAGAGACUUCAAUCCAAAGAAGAGACCAGCUAGCGCAAAAGAUAUAAUUGACAGGUUAAACGGGAAGGAAAGUAUCCAGAUACCACUCGGAUCUUUGCAAUAG